AAUGGAAAAACGCAUGAGUGACAAGGCAUCUGCAAUCUUAACUGAAUUUCGCCUGGAGGAAAAACUAUGUGAUGUGGUGAUCAAGGUGGAUGACACUGAGUUCAGCGCCCACAAGAUCAUCCUCUGUAGCUGCAGCCGCUACUUCUGCACUCUUUUCACCGGCGCCUGGACAACCUCAAGGAAGCAGAUGUACACCAUCCCUGGGGUGUCACCUGAGAUGAUGCAGCUCAUCGUCGAUUAUGCCUACACCCACUCUGUUCCCGUGACAGAGGAGAAUGUGGUGGAGGUUUUGGCAGCUGCAGACCAGUUGCUGGUCCCGGGGAUUGUUCAGGCCUGCUGCUUCUUCCUGGAGGACCAGCUGUGCCAGAGGAACUGCAUCGGCAUCUGGAGGCUGGUGAACUUCUACAACUGCCCAGAGCUGAAGCAUAAGGUCUUCCUCUACAUCCUGCGCCACUUUGAGGAGAUAGUUUGUGUCUCACAGGAACUCCUGGAGCUCUCCGUGCAGGAGCUGGUUGCUAUCAUCGAAAAUGAUCAUCUCAAUGUGAAAGAAGAAAACACUGUGUUUGAGACUGUCCUCCGCUGGAUUAACCACCUGCCUGAACAAAGACAAAGCCUCAUCUCUGUGCUGCUACCCAAGGUGCGACUGGGCUUGAUGACCCUUGCCUACCUCCAGAACACUGUGAUGGCCAAUGCUGCGGUAACAAGCAGCGUCGAAUGUGUACCCAUCAUCGAUGAGGCAGUCACAGCAUGUAUUCUCUUCAGGGCCAAUAGACCCUCAAAAUCUGACUACAGAAACCUAUUGACUCGCCCACGCCUGCCUCCUGACAUUUUAUUGGCCACCGGAGGCAAUGAUUUCAACUGUACCAUGACCAACCUUGAGGCAUAUGAUGCCCGAACUAACAGCUGGGUCACUGUGAAGGUUGAGAUUUCUCGUUCUCACCACGGUGCUGCUGUUCUCAACAGCUUUGUGUACUUAAUUGGUGGCUGCCACCGUGACACUUACUUGAAUACAGUGCAAAGGUUUGACUUCGUCACCUGCACGUUGCACCAGGUGGCAUCCAUGAACUACUGCCGCUGCUAUGUCAGCGUUGUUGUGCAGAGUGGCUGCAUUUAUGCCAUGGGAGGCUUCAGUGGACAUACUUACUAUAACACCGUUGAGUGCUACAAGCCCGAGACUAACCAGUGGACCAUCACAGCGCCCAUGUGUCAAAAGAGGUGUGGGGCCAGUGCUGCAACUCUAAAUGACAAGGUGUACAUUUGCGGGGGUUUCAAUGGGCAUUGCAGCCUGUCCACGGCUGAAUGCUACAACCCAGACACCAACCUGUGGACCCUGAUUGCACCCAUGAGGACCUGCCGAAGUGGCCUUGGGGUCGUUGCCUUCAGAGACAAUAUCUAUGCAGUUGGUGGCACCUGUAGUGGGAGCUACCACAUGCGCAGUGUUGAGGCCUACAACCCCCAAACCAACAGGUGGAGCCCCAUGCCGUCCAUGAACACCAACCGCAGCUACUUUGGCAUCGAGGUGGUGAACGACCAGCUCUUUGUGGUCGGAGGACACAAAAGCUGCACUCUGUCAACUGUGGAGCGCUACAAUGCGGACACCUGUAUGUGGUACAGUGACUCUAACAUUAAGAGGUACCGCAAUGGCCUGAGCUGCUGUGUGCUGCAUGGACUCCCCAGUGUGGUAGAGAAAUUGUUCCCUCGUGGUCCCCUGACACCUGCCAAUGUGGAGGAAGCCCAGUCCUGA